GCUACAUACAUAGUGAUAGAUCACAAUUAAUGCAAAUACAAACUUAAUUAGUUGUAGCGCACAAUUAAUGUGGAGUACAAUGGAGGCUAUGAAGAAAUGUGAUGAAGUCAGAUCAGAAGUUGAUAGUGAAAAGGUGGGUAAUGAUUAUCAUCUUUCCAUUAAGUCACCCUUGUCGACUGAUCACAAGCAGCUGAAACAACAAUUAACGAACCUUAUGAUGCUGCUGCUGUUGUUCAUCCCUCCUUUCUUACUGUUUCUUUUUGUCCAUCUUUUGAGACGUGAACACGUACUGAUCUCUCCCAUCUUUUGGGAUCAACUCAUAAUGAGUUGUUGUGGUGUUGUGGCGAAUUCUAGGAUAUUUUUGGGUUGUUUCCUAACUGUGUUCCUAGGAACGUUGUAUUUCAAGUCCAGGCCUAGGGAAGUUUACCUGGUUGAUUUCGCAUGUUUCAAACCUGGACCUGAACUUCUGGCCUCCAAUGAUAUCUUACUCGACAAAGCGCGAAAACGCGGUACGUGUUCUGAAGAGAGUCUAAGCUUCAUGAAGGCCGUUACUGAGAGGUCAGGGCUAGCUCCUGAAACCUAUAUGCCACCCGCAGCUUUCGACGAAUCACGACAUUAUCCAGGUAUGGCGGAUGGGAGGAAAGAGGCUGAGAUGAUAAUGUUUGGUGCAGUUGAUCAGCUGUUAGCAAAAACUAGUGGUGUGGUGAGGACUAGUGAAAUAGGGAUUCUUGUGGUCAACUGCACCAUGUUUUGUCCAACUCCAUCCCUUUCUUCCACCCUUGUUAACCAUUACAAGCUUAGAAGCAACAUUUUGAGUUACAAUCUUGGAGGCAUGGCUUGCAGUGCUGGAGUCCUCGCAAUCGAUCUUGCCAAGCAACUGCUACAGGUGAAUCCAAAUUCUUAUGCCCUCAUAGUUAGCUUAGAAUGCAUAAGUCCUCACUUUUACAGCGGUAACGAUAAAUCAAUGCUUGUGACAAAUUGCCUCUUCCGUCUGGGAGGCGCAGCUGUUCUUCUCUCCAACAAAUCUUGUGACCGCCGACACUCAAAAUACCGGCUCUUGCACUCAUUACUUACCACAACUGGUGCCGAUGACACUAGCUAUAAGUGCACUUUCCAACGGGAGGACGAUGAUAACAUAGUAGGCCUAUCAUUGUCUAAAGAUAUCCUCAAGGUGGCUGCGGAAACCCUAAGGAUUAACCUCACCAGACUUGGCCCAUUAGUCCUUCCCAUAUCCGAGAAACUCAAGUACUUGUUUAAUCUAGUUGGGAGGAAGGUUCUCAAUAUGAAGAUCCAGCCGUACGUUCCUGAUUUCAAGCUCGCAUUUCAGCAUUUUUGUAUUCAUGCUGGAGGAAAACAACUUUUGAAUGGAAUGGAAAAGGAACUUGGUCUGACCGAAUGGCUAAUGGAGCCUUCAAGGAUGACACUUUAUAGGCCUAGGAAAGUGUACUUGGUCGACUUUGCAUGUUUCAAACCGGGACCUCAACUCCAGGCAUCCCAUGAUGUUCUACUUGACAAAGUUCGACAAACAGGUACUGUGAGCGAAAAGAACAUAAACUUUAUGAAAGGUUUCAUGGGAAGAUCAGGGAUGGGCCACAAAACAUUUUUGCCCGAAAUUUUCUUUGAUUCGUCUCGAGUUCGCGCGGGCAUGGCGGAUGCGAGGACAGAGGCUGAGAUGUUGAUGUUCGGUGCAGUAGACCAGCUGCUGGCAAAAACCGGUGUGAACACCAAAGAAAUAGGGGUCCUUGUGGUCAAUUGCAGCACUUUUUGUCCAACUCCAUCCCUUUCCGCGGCCGUUGUAAACCAUUACAAGCUCAGAAGCAAUGUUUUGAGUUACAAUCUUGGAGGCAUGGGUUGCAGUGCUGGAAUCAUAGCCCUUGAUCUCGCCAAACAACUUCUGCAGGUGAAUCCAGAUACUUACGCCCUCAUAGUUAGCUUGGAAUCAAUAGCAAUCAACUUGUACGGUGGCAACAACCAUUUCAUGCUCGUGUCAAAUUGCUACUUCCGUUUGGGGGGUGCAGCAAUCCUUCUGACCAACAAACCAAGUGAUCGUGGACGUUCAAAAUAUCAGCUCCUGCACUCGUUACGCGCCACCACAGCCGCUGAUGAUAAAAGUUACAAAUGUAUUUUCCAACAAGAGGACGAGGAUGGCGAGGUUGGCGUCACGUUGACGCUGGAUUGCGUGGGUGCCGCUAAAGAAGCCGUUAGGCUCAAUCUCACGGCGCUUGCGCCCUUAGUCCUUCCGAUAUCCGAGCAGCUCAAAUGGUUGUUUAGCGUGGUUGGGAGGAAUGUGUUGAAGAUGAAGAUGGAGGCGUAUGUUCCUGAUUUUAAGCGAGCGUUUGAGCACUUCUGCAUCCAUACCGGAGGUAAACAAGUGUUCAAUGCCAUGGAGAAGCACCUUGGUCUGACCAAAUGGCUAAUGGAGCCUUCAAGGAUGACAUUUUAUAGGUAUGGUAACCUUUCAAGCAGCUCAGUCUGGUAUGAAUUGGCUUACAUUGAGGCUAAAGGGAGGAUUAAAAGGGGUGAUAGGAUAUGCCAGAUUGGACUUGGGUCAGGAUUCAAGUGCAACACUGCUGUUUGGUCUGCACUCAGGACUAUUGAUCCAGCUAAUGAGAUACACAAUCCCUGGUUGGAUGAGAUUGAUCAAUUUCCUGUUGACCUGUGUUCUUAG